AUGGACACAACACUUUGCAAUGUCAUCUACGUUGAUGAUAGCAUUCGAGAAGACCGCGUAUUUCACGCUCGGUCCGCGAAUGGUGUCCAAAGACAACAACCAACAGAACAACCUGAGACUGAGGCCCCGGCCACAGCAUGGGAGUCCAAAACACUCGAAGAUAACAUCUGCUUAUUAGCUGACGUCUUUGGUGAUGUUCACCUUUGUGGAACCGGAAGCGCAUGCAUGGCAAAGCUAUUUGACCUCCAGGACGAAUCGACGAUGGGCCUCAAGCCGACUAUCGUUUUGAUUGGUACACCUCACGACGAGCGCAUUCCAUUAGACGAACAGUCACGAUCCCCAUCACCACACUCCACAUCACAAAACGAGGCUGGCUCCGUCCCAAACACCCCGCCUACCGACGAAGUCUACGGCUUGCGUCUCCUUCGCCGCAUCGUGUCUGAAGCGCACUUGCGAAACUUGUCCAAGCUCAUCGUGCCGGUCUCCGUUAUUAAGCUCUCUGAAUCUGAAGAUGCGGCAGCCCUACUUUCUCAGAGUCCCGGCAGCAAUGCGGAGACCAGUCCAGCUCAAGCUUUCAAAAUAAAUCGAGCGCUCAACCGUUCCUUACUCAAAAGCUGCCUGAAACUGGGUGCUGUGGACGUACUUUUCAGCCCAAUAGAGCCACAAAGUAUCACGAGUCUCGAAGUACGCGCCUACUGGGCACAUAAGAGUGCUGCUCGUGAUCGACAGGCACUACUCGAGCUACGCCGGGGCCGGAAGCGUUCUUGGGUUGGUAUUUCGGACAACCGCCCGUUUGCAUAUUUACGCGAGAAUAUGGUGACAUCUCUUAUGCGGAGAAUUUGCCAGAUGGAGGAGGGCGACGAACUCCCCGUUGACGCUGUUCGUAUCAGCGUGGCACCCCGCAGAAAGCAGGUUAUUGCUUCCGCGAUCGGCAACUGGCAUUUCUCGGCCCAUGACUUCAAUGACGAUGAGUUGAUCGAAGCAUCGGCCCUCAUGUUCAAGCAUGCCCUGUCCAUGUCUGAGUUGGCGGAGUGGCGGAUACCAACGGAUCAACUAAUCUGCUUCCUCAUUGCUUGCCGAGCAGCAUACAACUCGUUCGUGCCUUACCACAAUUUCAGACACGUUGUCGAUGUCUUGCAAGGGACUUUCAACUUCCUCAUCAACAUCGGGGCGCUCCCUCCUUACCCAUUAUUACACUCUUCAUCCGCAACCUCUUCGACCAACACGCCUUUGCAUCGCAAACAAAAAUCUCCCAUGGCGUCAUUAAUUCGCCCAUUUGAAGCUCUUACCCUACUCAUUACAGCCAUUGGACACGACGUCGGUCACCCGGGUGUGAACAAUGGUUUCUUGGUUGUGCUGAACACCCCUCUCGCGCAGCUCUACAACGACCGCUCCGUCCUCGAGUCGUUCCAUUGCGCAGCCUACUCCCAGAUUUUGCGGCGGUAUUGGCCCGCCGCCUUUAACGACAGCAAAAUGAGGAAUCUCAUGACCAGCUCCAUCCUUGCCACUGACAUGGGACUUCAUUUUGACUACAUGAAGAAGCUCGGGAAUACCCAGGACAAGCUUGCUGAUAGCAACACCACUGACGGCUGGAACGGCCGUAUGGUCGAAGAUCAAACUGCACUGGCUUGUGCUCUGCUCAUCAAAUGUGCAGAUAUCAGCAACGUGGCGAGACGACACGAUGCCGCAUUGCAAUGGAUGCACAUUCUGUCAGACGAAUUUUCUCGGCAGGCUUUAAUGGAGAGCCAGCUCGCAAUCAAGUCGUCUCUAGUAGCUCCGCCGAAGAAAGACAAUGUGUCUCUUUUCCGUGCCCAGCUCGGCUUUAUGAACAUGUUCGCCAUCCCUCUGUUCCAAGGCAUUGCCAGCAUAAUGCCCGCUAUGCAAUACUGCGUGGACGAGCUCGAAAUCAACAAGGCUAUUUUUGAGAGGAGCGUCGCCGAAGAGACCGAAAAAGCAGCGGCUGAAGAAGAGCAGUCUCGCAGCCUUGAUGGCACCUUUUCUCCGCGCUCAAUGAGCGUAGCCAUUCCGAAUGACGUGUCCGGGACUCAGCCGAAACAUCAGCAACAGCAGGCAUCAUCUUGCACCUCCACAAGUGGUGCUGUAAUUGAUACGGCAACGCACUCGGAUGAGCACGCGAAUAACGGAAGCGCUAUCUCUCCCAAACAAAUGCCUUCAUUUGGUGACCUGUACAAGGACCAGAACGGAGGCAGUCCGCGGUACGACGCUGUUGCGGAAUUCGCAAUGAGUGACCCCUUUGUUAUGAGCGAUAGUCGGCCAUUGGCCUCAUCCAAGCAACGAGUGAGCGAGGCAACGGACGGCAGCACAUCUCUACCUGGUGGCGGGGAUUGGGCCUCCCAGGCGACCAGUGCAACGACAGGGAAAAUGCCACUCUCUCCUAGUACGCAAGGCACCAGCAUCAUUAGCCGCGACUCUAUGGAUCGUCCAGCGAGCUUGCCCGCUUCCACUGCCAUCACCUCGACCCCGAACGAUAUCACCAAAAGCCACUCUGAAGCGCUGAUUAGCGCACAGAUUUCCCGCGAGGAUGGCUCGUCUCUAUCGUCUGGUGGAAUCAGCGGUGACAAUGGCACGCGGAAGCCACAUCAAGAAGAGCACUUCCUAAAGAAGAAGUCAAGCCGGUUUAGGAUGAACGCCUUCACGUUCUUCCGCCGCCACCUCAGUCCGGGCCCUCCUCUACCCGCUUCCAAUAACACCGACCAGUCGGCAGCUCAAGAUGGCUGCCGUUAA